AUGUUAGGAAUGUUUUGGUAUAUUUUUGAAGUAAAGAAGGAGUUUCUAGUAUGCUUUUCACUAUCUUUGCUGUAUAUAACCUAUUAUCUUGUGGAAGUCGUCAAGAAACCGAUGCUGGUAUGUCGUAAGGGGGAGUUCCGUCAAUUACUCGAGGAUAAUGUCCCAUUGUUGAGUGAGCCUUAUUGGCCUACUCCUUGGUGCGUGGAGUCUCGAUUGCAAACUGUACUGGGCUCUGUUCUUCGGUCACAUUUACUACCACCAGUUGCUUAUCGACGUGAGGUGCUGCGACUGUCAGACGGCGGGCAGGUGGCUCUGGACUGGGCCGAGCUGACGGACGAGGCCGGGGAGAGGAGCAGCCGGCCCGUGGUGCUCGUGCUGCCCGGACUGACGGGCGGCGCGCAGGCCGACUACGUGCGGUGUCUGGUGGCGGCCGCGGGCAGGCUCGGCGCGCACGCGGUCGUCUUCAACAACCGCGGGCUCGGCGGGCUGCCGCUCACCACGCCGCGGCUGUACUGCGCCGUGUCACACGCCGACCUGGCGGAGGUGGUGGAGGCGGUCCAUCCCCGCGGCGCGCCGCUGCUCGCCGUGGGCGUGUCUCUGGGAGGCCUCAUCCUCGGUCACUACCUCACGGAGCACGCUCAGCGCGCCGCCCACACGCUGCACGCGGCGCUCGUGGUGUCCUCUCCCCUGGACGUGGUGCGGGGUGCGGAGUGUAUCGAGCGUCCUCCUCUCAACUCGUUGUUGUCCUGGCACAUGGCCCGUAACCUCCGCAACACGGUCAACUCUCAUUCUCCUCUCCGGAGCGGCCCCGGCGACUGGGCGGCCGUGGAGCGCUGCCGGUCCGUGCGUCAGUUCGACCAGGCCUUCACUACCAAACAUUUCGGCUUCCCCUCCGUCGACGACUACUACCGCGCGGCGACUCUCUGUGACAAGCUGAGCCGCGUGCGCGUGCCCCUCCUCUGCCUGUGCGCGGCCGACGACCCCUUCCAGCCUCUGGACGGUAAGUGCGUCUCCCUGCCCCUCUAUGACUUGCUGCCCCUCGCGGAGGUGGAGCGCAGUCCGUGCGUGGCGCUGGCGGUGACAGCUCGCGGCGGUCACAUCGGCUUCCUGGAAGGUUGGUGGCCGGCGCCCCCCUCCCGCUCGUCUCACUCGCAGUACAUCGCCCGUCUCGCUCACCAGUACUUCUCGGCGCUGCUGUCCUCCCCGCGCCCCCUCACACCCGCCUGA